GGAACCGAGAAUGAGCAGGUGUAUAACAAACACGGAGCAAGACGACUUGCGAACGGGGUUUCUUCGAUUAGAACCACUCCGUCCACCCCCUUUAAUCCCGCUUGAGCCCGCACGUCUACUAUAACUACGUGCCUAUACCCAUACCAACGGCGUUCUCUUGGAUUUAUAUAAGGGAGGGAGGUGGAGGCGUUUACACAUACACACACCCACCCACACACACACACACACACACACACAUAUAUAUAUAUAUAUAUAUAUCAUUAGGGUUCUCGGAAAAAGUUGUCGGAUUCUGAACACGUGUCUACGUCUCCUGUCUUGCUCUGACCCCAAACUAGAGGGCUAGAGGGAGCCGAAGGGGGCUGACGCAUGUACAGACAUACCUACAUAAGUUGCUCUAGGGAAGGAAGACAGACGGACAAACAGACACGGAGAGAAGGACCCGGGCAAAAAGGUAUUAUUACAUAUAUACUAGGAUGGGGAAAGCCGGGUUCGGAUAAGCGACGGACGGACGCGCUGGAUAGAUGGAACGUACACGUACCAUAUAUAUAUAUAUGUGGUAGAGAUAGACGUAGCGAGGGUAGCAACUUAUACACAUCCACGCCAUCUAUAAUACACUCUACGAUUACCACUACGGCAACUGCUACCGCAGCCCCUGUAGAACAACGCCGGCCAUUCUCGGUUUCUAUUUUUACCUAUGCACGCGUGCCUCCCGCAGAGUCGGGAACACGAGCGAAUCGUACAUACACGCUGCCUGCGCACACCAGUCGCACGCGUUCUGGGAUUAUAAGGCAGGCAUUCGGAGCGACGCGCGUUGCGGAGAGAGGCGAGGCCGCGCGGGGAGCACGCGGAGCAGGUCACACGCGUCGACCGUCUCUGGCAAGAGCAGGCCAGACAGACAGGAAGGGGGGGGAAGCCGCGGGAGUAGUGAACGCGUGGAAGAGAGAAAAAAAAAAGGGGGGGGGGGGGGAGGUGCUAUGUGUCCGUCCCAACGCAACGCAACCGCCUUACACCGUCGGCCACCCUCGACGCCGAAGCGGAGGGAGCGGUGGUGUCUACCUUUCCAGUCUCGUUUUCCCCCUUCUCCCCGGGCCGGACGGGGGUCCCAGAUACGCGGUGAAUUUCCCCCCUCCCCCUGGGUUGAACCCGUAAACCCGCAAAACACUUGCUGCGCCGCGAUGCCGCGUCGGGUUAUCGUGCGACCUGCCGCUAAGCUGAGCUGAUCGCAACGCCCCGACGACGGCUAUGCACUCGUGAGUAUUUCUUUCCUUCUCGUGAGAUGCGUCCGUUGUUCGUCCAUUUGCGUGCCCGUGCCCGUGCGCGCGCGUAUCCGUGUGUUGUAUGUACUUAUCCUUCCAAGAGCUCCCCUCCUCCCUAG